CAAACCCACCAAACAUAAAAGCCCCAUUCAUCUCCUUUCCAACAUUUCAAAAACCUUCAUUUCUUCCUCUGCUUUGCCUUUUAUCUUAAAAUACGACAUUCUUUCAGAUAAUCCCACAAAAAUCACUUCAGAAAUGAAGGAGAAAAACUGCAGUACUGAGCUUCCCCCCGGCUUCAGAUUUCACCCAACUGAUGAAGAAUUGAUCAUGUUUUACCUCAGAAACCAAGCCACUUCCAAGCCAUGUCCUGUUUCCAUAAUCCCUGAAGUUGAUAUCUACAAAUUCGAUCCUUGGGAUUUGCCUGAGAAGGCUGAUUCUGGUGAAAAUGAAUGGUACUUCUUCAGCCCAAGAGACCGAAAAUACCCGAACGGUGUUCGGCCGAAUCGAGCGGCGGUAUCGGGUUAUUGGAAGGCGACCGGAACCGAUAAGGCGAUUUACAGUGCAUCAAAGUAUGUUGGAGUAAAGAAAGCUUUAGUUUUUUACAAAGGGAAGCCACCAAAAGGUGUUAAAACUGAUUGGAUUAUGCAUGAGUAUCGUUUGAUUGAAUCAAACAAGCAAUCAAUCAAACAAUCAGGGUCCAUGAGAUUGGAUGAUUGGGUUUUGUGUAGAAUUUACAAGAAGAGACAUUCAAACAAAGGGUUAUUAGAGGAGAAAACAGAGGAAUUACCAACAAGAAACGACGUCACAGAAGGCAAUAAUGGACAACAAAUGAUGAAAUUUCCAAGGACUUUUUCAAUAACCCAUCUCUUGGAUUUGGAUUAUUUAGGCCCAAUUUCUCAGCUUUUCAAUGACAAUUCAAGUAUUAACCCAACUCUUGGGUUUCAAAACAACACUGCAGCUUAUACAAAUGUUGGCAAAAUAGAGCAAGGGGAAAUGCCAUUAGAUUACUCCUCUGCUUCAACAGAUUUUCAAGUGAAUCAGAACAACAAUUUCUUUAAUCAAGCCAUAUUCAUCAAUCCUGCCAACGAUUGGAAUGGUUUGAGCCGAUGAAAGAAGAAGAAAAAACAAAGCUCUCAAAAUCAAACCCAUGAUAGAAACUAGAUCCAAAUAUACUUUAGAAAAAAACUGUGAAUAUUGUUUGUUUAAGGUUAGAAGAUGAUAUCUUUACAUAAUGAAAUCAGGGAAAGUGAUGGUUUCCAAUAUAGAUUCAAUGUGCAGAGAUUCUGUGUAAUUAGUUGAUUGAUUUGCUCUUUUCAAUUUUAAGUUCUACAGGCACAAGAAAUU